UAGAUCAUAAACUAUCAAAGAGAAGGCGCUCAUAAGGCUGUCCGCACCGCCACGCCAGGCACGGCCAACUGAAGAUUAUUUUUAUUGUUUAAAAUGUAGUGUAUUGUGUAUUUGAAGCUCAGUGUGAUAAAGGCCUUUUGCAAAAGUUUACACUUUUUAACAUUCCGCUUUUGAAAUAAAAAUUUCACGCCCCUGAAAAUAAAUCAACAUCGAGUCUUACCUACACGGAUGAAGUGGAGCGGAGAGUGAUAUUUAUUUGUUGCACAGGUUACACGGUUACACUCUAUUAUGUAGGUUCACAGAUUACAGCUCCUUGAUUAGCCAAAAAAAAUAUAGCUGUCAGCAACUGUCAAACUUUGUUGGAAUUAAAUUGUGGAGUGGAGCUAAAGCUGAUGUGAUUGUAGCAAUAAAACUGCAAUUUACAAAUAAAUAUGGUUCUUUAUUUCCCUUUUGGCAUUUAGCAAUCGCAACCAACUACGUGCUGCUCAUAUUUCUGUGAUUUAUACGCCAUGGUAUUGAAAUGAAUUGGUUCUUUGGCCUUAUGUGGAAGCUCUAAAGAGUGCUCAAGAAAAGUGCUCCUUGUAUCAUUAUGUGUAAUAGCAUUUACGUCAAAGAAUUUGCAUCCGUGACGAACUGUACUCAACAGUACGGUUUUAUGUAUUUCGAUAUUAAUACCAGUAUUCUAUCAAAUGGGCCACUGUUUGAGUUGUUUUCAACAGCAAGCUAAUAAUGACAACCCUACAUCUCAAAAAAUCCAUGAUGGAGAGAUGACAGAUAUUAUAACGACCCAUGAAGUGCCUGCACUAGUGGUCUCCGACUGCCCUCCCGAGGAGCCCCUGCUGCACUCAAAUGACAACUCGGUGAACUGCCACCGCCAGGCCGGCCGGGACACCACACACAAUGCUAAUACUCAAAAUAUGCACGGUGACAAUAAUAUUUACAUUGAAGGCCUUGCUCUAACAAAAGUACAACUAACUGCUGAAAAGGCCAACAAGCCAUUCUAUCAAAAACUUCCUUCAAUCCCUCGAACUAUGUCUUCUCUAGGAUCUAAUGAGAACAGGGUGUCUGAGUCCAAGAUAAACCAGUUGUUUGAUCAGUAUAAAGACUCCUUAGAAGAUGCCAUUUUAGCAGAAGGUAUAGAAAACCUAUGUAAUGAUCUCCAGCUGAACCCUGAUGACUUCAAGGUGCUUGUGCUCGCGUGGAAGCUGAACGCUAGUCAAAUGUGCAGAUUCACUAAAUUAGAAUUCACACAAGGCUUAAAAAACAUGAAAACUGAUUCCAUCAAAGGAAUUCAGCAAAAAUUAAGCGAUAUUACAAGUGAAUUGAGAAGAGACAGUGAACAGUUUAAAGAUCUCUACAGAUUUACUUUUAAAUUUGGGCUGGAUGUGAGUACAGGGCAAAGGAUACUUCCGGCUGACAUUGCCAUAGUGCUGUGGAGGCUUGUGUUCACCAGCAACGAGCCGCCCAUCCUGGAGCGCUGGCUGGCGUACCUGGAAGCCAGCCCGCACGUGCGCGGGGUGCCCAAGGACACCUGGUACAUGUUUCUUAACUUCUGUGAGUUUGUGGGUGAAGAUCUCAGCAGCUACGACGACACCGAGGCUUGGCCGAGCCUGUUUGAUGACUUUGUUGAGUACGAGAAUGAUCAGAUGAAUCAAAAUAUUACCAAGAAUGAUAUCAGAAUACAAGAUUGAAUUCCCAUUUGCCAAAUUUUUCUAUUCUAGGUACGUACUUAAACUGUUGAGACUGAUAAUGUGUAGUACUGCAGUGUCUGAAAUUGUGAAUGUGAAGCUCUCAAUGUGAGAUUUUUUAAAUAAAUUGUAAAUAUGUUACUAUAUUUUAUAAUUAUAGCUGUCAUAUUUGUGUAGCUAAUAAUAAGUAAUUAGAUUAAAUGAAGAUUAUACAACAUUCCAGUCAUGGAAUUUGCCAAAUUGUACAUAGUAUAAGGACUGUAUCCCUGCUUGAGCGGUGCAUAGACGCGUCUACCAUACAAUCAUUGUGAUGAAAGAUAACAAUUAUAUUAUUUUACAUUAAUCAUAGGUCGUGAGUGGAGUAUGAAUUAUUUUGCACAAUAUUAAAAUUUACUGAUGUAAAUAUACAAUUUGUCAGAUAA